UACACUGCACUAAAUAUCACAUCGUCCUAUUCCCAUUUUGGAUGAGAGAGAAAGGAGAGGGGAGGGGAUUAAGAGGAAGAGAGAGAGAGACCAUUGAGUGAGAGAGAAGGUUCGUCGAGCUGAUCCUCCAACCUUCUAGGAGCGAAUUAGGAGCGGGAGGAAUGGAGAAGGCGGCUUUCAGACAGAAGAUCUUGCUGGAUCAUCUCAGGCCUUCUGCGAGUUCUCAGGAGAAUUCAAACCUUCAAGCCUCUGUUUGUUUGGCUGGGGAUAGCGCGGCAUAUGCAAGGAGUGCUCCUUUUGGAGAUGAUGUAGUGAUUGUGGCAGCGUAUCGAACUGCUCAGUGCAAGUCCAAACGUGGUGGUUUCAAGGAUACUUUCCCUGAGGAUCUGCUUGCCCCUGUUCUCAAGGCCUUGAUAGACAAAACUAAGCUGGACCCAAGGGAAGUUGGUGAUAUUGUUGUUGGCACGGUCUUAGCACCUGGAUCUCAAAGAGCAAGUGAAUGCAGGAUGGCGGCAUUUUAUGCUGGAUAUCCUGAAACUGUACCUGUGAGAACUGUGAACCGUCAAUGUUCUUCUGGCCUUCAAGCUGUCGCUGAUGUUGCUGCUGCCAUAAAAGCUGGAUUUUAUGACAUUGGCAUUGGGGCUGGGCUGGAGUCUAUGACAGCAAAUUCCAUGGCUUGGGAUGGCUCAAUAAAUCCUCGAGCAAGCACCAACACACAAGCUCAAGAUUGCCUCCUCCCAAUGGGUAUCACAUCUGAGAAUGUAGCUCAUCGUUUUGGUGUGACACGCCAGGAGCAAGAUCAGGCUGCUGUUGAGUCUCAUAGACGUGCAGCGGCGGCCACUGCUGCUGGGAAAUUUAAGGAUGAAAUUAUUCCAGUUGACACAAAGAUUGUAGACCCAAAAACCGGGGCGGAGAAACGUGUUACAAUUUCUGUUGAUGAUGGAAUUCGACCGAGCACAAGUUUGGCAGAUCUAGCAAAGCUGAAACCUGUAUUUAAGAAGGAUGGGACCACCACUGCAGGAAAUUCGAGCCAAGUAAGUGAUGGAGCAGGAGCAGUCCUCCUAAUGCGACGGUCUGUUGCAUUGCAGAAAGGGCUUCCUAUUUUUGGUGUGUUCAGGAGCUUUGUGGCUGUUGGAGUUGAUCCUGCCGUCAUGGGAGUUGGUCCAGCUGUUGCAAUUCCUGCUGCAGUUAAGGCAGCUGGUCUUGAACUUAAUGAUAUUGACCUUUUUGAAAUAAAUGAGGCAUUUGGCUCUCAAUUUGUGUACUGCCGCAAUAAAUUGGGGCUUGAUCCAGAGAAAGUAAAUGUUAAUGGAGGUGCAAUGGCUAUUGGGCAUCCUUUGGGUGCUACAGGCGCACGUUGUGUUGCGACACUAUUGCAUGAGAUGAAGCGACAGGGCAAAGAUUGCAGGUUCGGGGUCAUAUCCAUGUGCAUAGGCACUGGGAUGGGUGCUGCUGCUGUUUUCGAGAGGGGCGAUGGUGUUGACCCGCUUAACAAUGCCCGGAAAAUCGGAGCCAGCAAUCUUCUCUCCAAAGAUGCCCUAUAGAUUAGAGAAGUGAGAAGUAACAAUAAUAUCAAUGGCGCAAAUUGAUGAUAAUAACAAUAAAUAACAUGAUUUUAUGAUGAUCGGAUAUGGGUUUUAUCAAUAUUCAUAGGUAUAAAAUAAUGGGAGCAAAUGGGUAGUGGGGCCCACGUUGGUUGAUCUGUUGCCACUCAUAAUAUCUUGUUUGAAAAGAACUUGUUCCAGUCAUAAUUAUGUUUUUAGAUUAUUAUUAUUUUUA